AUGAUCGCAUGUCAAGUAAUGUCAAGUUGUAUGUAAUGCAGCAAGUUAAUCUUAGACCAUACACUCGGUUUAAGAAGUUAAGUCAUUUCACAUUUUAAUUUUACUUUCGAAUUUUAUUUCGAGACUUUUAUCAUAAGAACGUUUAAAAUUGAAAACUGACUCGUAUGAUUAAACGGAUGGCAAAGACCUAUUGUUAUUAUUGUAUAAAAAGUCAAUAUUUAUAAGACUCGUACAUUAUGAAGUAACUUGUUUCUAUUUAUUAGAAUUGAAUGUAAAUAGUUUUUUUAUGGGCAAGCAUAUUUGGCACUAUUAAUGCUCUGCAAAUGGAAGAUGCCAAUGGAAGCAUUGUGUUUAGAGAAAUCCACAAAAAUGGGUGGCUGCGACGCACGGAUACGGCGGAAAGAGAAGCCGCGAGAUUUUGGGUAGUUUUUUGUAUCCAUGACGAUGUUGAGCCUUAUUUUGAAGGUUACAACAACCAAAAACAGGCAGCCAAUCAUUCAUUUCUUUGGAAUUCAUCCUUACAAAACAUUCUACAUUUAUCCCCCACACUUUGUGCUACCGAACAGCAAGAUUUUGAAUUCUGCGUCAACUUUUCUGACCAGAGGGUCCUGCGGCUGGCAGCUCCAACCUAUCAGGAUAUGUACGACUGGGUACAAACUGUUAGUAGAAAAUUAACUGAGAUGAAAAUUCUAAGUCCCAAGGAAAAUUAUUAUUCCAAAGGACCCGGAGCUGAGAGGCGCCCUACUAGGGAUCCGACCAGUCCCUUACCCCUGCCACCUCGUCCACCCCCGUCACUUGGUGUACAGGUUCACGUUCCUUUAACAAAUUCUGUCUCAACCGUAACAGAAAAUCAGACUGAAAUCACUCGUGUGGGUUCUAUUCGCUUGCCGGCAAACCAGACAAAUCCGAUGAAUCAGGGGGAGAGCUCAGCUGUCAUGAAUCAAGGUUCGAUGUCUGAAAGUAUGCCGAAUUUCUUUACCUUUGAUAAUAUACCAGUGCAUGAUGGUAGGGAGCCAUUCACUCAGCCUAGAUUCAUACCUGGAGGACACCGAGAUAGACAUAGUGAGAAUGUCUCCAAUAUUGAAAAUAAUAACUCCAGUUACGAGAGUCUGUUUUUGGCAUCCUCUCAUUCUCCGAUCACACCUGGUAGAUUGAUCGAAAGCAAUAACAGUCCAGAAUCGCCAGAGAGCAGACAUUAUGCAGCUCUGAGAGAAUAUAGAAGUCUCGCUCCUCCUCCCCGACUGCAACAAAGUGGAACUCACAGGGCUGUGAUGAGAGAAGAGAAUGGUAGACAGCUGACAUUGAGGGAGCAACAGGUACUUCAACUCAAACGAGAAAUGGGCCACCAUGCUGGAGUCAGAUUACAGUUGAGAAGAAGAGAUUGUAAGGACAACAUUGCCUUUGUUGACACAUUUGGGACUGUCUGGAUCGCCGGAUGGAAACAACGUGAACAGCCGAUGCUUUACAAUGUGCUACAUAUUGGGGAUCAGGUGCUCAGUUUAGCUGGAAGUCCUGUGCACAGUGCGACGUCUGCACGUGAUAUUCUCAAGAAUUGCACAACUCCAUAUGUAGAGAUGAUCGUCAGGAGGCUCCCACAGGGUCGAACAAUGACUUUGAUUAGGGGAAGCGAUCGCGAAACUGACAGUCAAGGAUUUGGGCUCGAGCUACAGGGCAACGAAGUGAUAGGGGUUGGAGGUAUGGCAUUGACUUCUGGAUUACCACCUGCAGCUCUUGCGGCUGAUCCAACCAUGCCAGCGGGAACUUUCGUCAAUUGGACAUUGACGGAAGUAAAUGGUCGGCCAUUAAACAUACUAGGCCAAGGAGAAGACGCUCGAGAACGUCUUGGAGGUGUCGGGCUUGACGUUUCCAUUGUUAUGCAACCAACUGAUCUGGUAUCUUCCUUGAAAAAAUGCUUGCGUAGUCAUCGUGGAUAUAAGAAUUAUGUACUAAACUAACAAAAUGGAUUGAUUAUAAGGCUGUAGUGAAGUCAAUAUAACACGAAAACAUUCCUUCAAGCUGAUAUUCAUGUAACUGUUUUUGGGUAAACAGCACAAGCGAAUUUGACUUCAGCUACGUCCUUAAUAUAUGUAAAUAUGCCUAAUGUCGAUGUCAAACUAAAACGCAAUAGCUAUCGUUAAUCACGUUCGAUUGCUAGUGAAUCUCAGAUAUCAAACUGAUGUCAAAUUGAUAUUUAUUUUUAUAUGAAUGCACAUGCUCGAAAUGCAUUCCUGAAUAUUCGGCAACCAAAUAGGACAAUUUAUAGUAUUAAAUCUGUGUAAGCAGAACGGAAUCUACGCUUUCUUUUAUUGCGUGAGUUUACUCAAUCUUCAGUCCUCUCAGUGUCCAUUUGGUGUUUAAUGUCAGAAUGGAACUAUUCCAGAAAAGAGGGCUCUCUCCCAUCGGCCAUAAUUCCACACAAUAGUAGUUUACUCUGUCCUUGGAUAACAAAACAUUAUCGCUUAAGAUUUAUUUUGGUUCACGCUUUUUCUUCAUUCAGAGUUAAUGCCUAAAGCCUGCUGCCAAACAAGCAUUUUGAUCAGCUCUAUGAAUUAAUUUAUCAUUCUUUGCCAUUUCUUUCCUUUACCCAUUCCUUUUGACUCCAAGUUAAUUCAAGUGAGCGAAUUCUUAAUUUGAAUCAACGGCAACAAUUCGAUUCAAUAAUUUCAGUUCAUUUCAUUUAUUUGAAGAUGAUAUAUGAGAUACAAAAAUCGUCGUAAAUUCCCUUAGCGAGAUCUGUGGGGAUGAGUGAAGAUUCAAAUCCAUUUUGGAUUGAAUUAUCUUGUAUCAUCUUGUAUUCGAUAUCGCAUUCGGAACAUUUCGAUUGUAUCUUGAUCAUACUUUCAUUUUAUGCUGAGCAGGCUCCGUUGCAAUAGGUUCUUCUUUAGUCUGGUACACCCAUACGUGAUUGGAAAUAAUCUCUACAGUGUUUUCUACUAGUUGUAGAACUCACUGCCAUGCCGGCCAUGCGUAUGUCGAACCGUUUUAUUUUAGAUAUUUUUCUAGUACCCAGACUUCAAAGCAUUUAAGAAUAAACUAGAACCAACAGAUUUGAAGGAUGGAAUAUAGUAAUUAAAGGCAAACAACUGUUUUCAAAUAACCCUAACAGGCUUAAGCAGUAGAAUUAAUAAUAAGAUAAGAGUUCUGUGAUAACUAAUAAUACACACGGUGAAAGGGAAGUUGAAUAUUUGUUAGCAGCAAAUAAAUCUAUGUAGCACAAUUUCUUUGUAAUAAUCUGCAUUAUUAUUUAUUAUUUUAAAGAAUUUCUACUGUUUUAUAUAGUUUUUGGCGAUAGAAUUACCAUUAUUUAUGUACAGUGUCAUUAAUGACAAUUUUGCUGAACCAAUAUUAUAUUUAUGGAAAGCAAGACACUGAUUCCUUUGACAAUUUCCAAGCAGAGUUAAUCAAAUGAAUUAGCUUGGUCUUAUAAGAGCAUAAAUUCACAAAUACAGUAGACGUUUUCAUUUACAAG